CUGGGGUGUCAAACUGGCGGCCCUCCAGCGGUUGCCAAACUACAAGUUCCACGAGGAAUUGCAAGAUUGACAGUUACAAUCGUGACUCCCAAAAGGCAGAGGCAUGAUGGGACUUGUAGUUUUGCAACAGCUGGAGGGCCGCCUGUUUGCCUGAUCUGUUGCCAAACUACAAGUCCCAUGAGGCAUUGCAAGAUGGACAGUUACAAGCAUGACUUCUAAAGGCAGAGGCAUGAUGGGACUUGUAGCUUCGCAACAGCUGAAGAGCCGCCAGUUUGACACCCCUAAGCUCCAAAGCACCAGAAUAGGCCC